AUGAUGUCUAUGGCUUCACCCGGGAAGCGGUCUGAGCUCCGACGACGACAGUCAGACCGACCCAAGCUAGGAGGAGCGGGGGUAGCUGCGCUGACGUUUAACUGCAAGUGCACCAUGUUUAAACCUGUGGGGACCUCACAAAAACAAUCCAGGCGUCGAAACAUGUCACCCAAUGGCUCCAGUCCUAGAGACUCAAAAGCAAUUCACAUCGGUGAAGAAGUCAAGAUAGCAGUGAACCUCUCAUUGGAGAGAUUCCGUUACUCGGAUGAAAAAGAGAUGGAAUUCCCGUCCUCGUUGUCCAGCAGUGAGAGGGCUUAUAUUCAUCGACUGGCACAGUCCCUGGGUUACGUUUCCAAGAGCAAAGGAAAAGGAUCCAGUCGUUUUCUGACUGUCAGAAAAAGGGAUGUUUCAGACAAACGUCAGCCCACUAUAUCCCUUGAUCUGAGCUCCAGCUCCUUGUACUUCAUCCGCAGCCUGCUUCAGAGAUUCCCCACCAGCAGGAAGGAACACACAGACAUGCAUCCCAACACAAAAAGUGGCAUGUCUUUGGCUACAGAAACCAACUGUGGCUUUGACCGGAACAGAGCAAGUGGGCGCCUGAACAAUGGCAUUCCUAUGGUUCCCAAGAAGAGGGCCCCAUCAGAACUGGACAUUUUCCGUUGCUCCCUACCUGUGCAUAAACACCAGGAGGAGAUAGUCCAGCUGAUCAGAGAAAACAAGGUGCUGCUUGUUUUAGGAGAGACUGGCUCUGGAAAAACUACACAGAUCCCACAGUUUUUGUUAGAUGAUUGCAGCAGGAACGGAAAAGCCUGCAGGAUCUUCUGUACUCAGCCUAGACGCCUGGCUGCCAUCGCCGUGGCUGAGAGAGUUGCAGCUGAGAGAGGCGAGAGUGUGGGCCAGACGGUGGGUUACCACAUCAGACUGGAAAGCAGGGUCUCUCCGAAGACACUUCUAACCUUUUGCACAAGCGGAGUCCUCCUCAGAACAUUGAUGGCAGGAGAUGCUAGCCUUACAACUGUUACCCAUGUCAUUGUGGAUGAGGUUCACGAGCGUGAUGGUCUGACUGACUUCCUUCUUACGAAGAUGCGGGAUGUUCUCCAGAGGAUUCCAACAUUGAAGCUGAUUCUCUCCAGUGCAGCUUUGGAUGUAGAUCUGUUCCUCCAGUACUUUGGCUCCUGUCCUAUAAUACAUCUGAAAGGGAAACAGUUUGAAGUGAAAGAGCUCUUUCUGGAGGACAUUCUGAGACAGACGGGCUUUAACAGAAAAGACGUGUGGAAAUACCAGGAAGAGACACAGAGAAAAGAGAUGAAACAGAAACGAUUGACAGAGUGGUGUGAGACAGUACGGAGCGGUUCUGCUUGUGAGAAGCGGACCCACAUGUUGACUCCAAGCUUCCUUUAUGCCAGCAGCUGUUGGGACAGAGAAGACGAGGGCCCCAUCCAGCUGAAUGAGAAUGAAGAGCGGCUUGAACCAUGGCUGCUGAGGGAGAUGGACUCCUGCAUUUCCAACAUUUUCUUGCAUGAAGAUCAGGAGAUUUUCAGUCAGCUCUUCAACCUCAUUCUAAAUGAAAGAGUUCCUGUCGACUACAUGCACAGCGAAACUGGGUCUACGGCUCUGAUGGUGUCAGCAGCACGAGGAUUUCUUCCACAAAUGCAGCAGCUGCUAUGUAUGGGUGCUGACAUCAACAUAAAGGCAUCUAACGGAUGGACUGCCUUAGAUUUUGCCAAACAUUUCCAGCAGACAGACGCUAUGGAUAUGCUCAAGUCUUCCAUUCCUAUGGGAGAAGUGAGCAACCUGGAGGAAUCAGCUUUAAUUCAGUGCAGCCCCACAGAACUGAGCAGUGAAGAACAAGAGCUCCUCAACCAGUACCACCACAGCUUUGAUGACCAGCAGGUGGACCUUGAUCUCAUUAUGAUGUUGCUCCACAACAUCUGCACCACCACUAAUGAGGGUGCUGUCCUCAUAUUUCUUCCUGGUUAUGAUGAAAUUGUGUCAUUGAGGGAUCGUAUCCUCUUUGAUGAUAAGAGGUUCUCCACACACUCUGAGAGUUAUCAGGUAUUCACACUGCAUUCAGAUAUGCAGACUCUGGAUCAGAAAAGAGCCAUGAAGCCUACUCCGUUUGGUGUCAGGAAGAUAAUUCUCUCUACUAACAUCGCUGAAACAAGCAUCACCAUCGAUGAUGUGGUCUUUGUUAUUGACUCAGGAAAGGUCAAAGAGAAGUCCUUUGAUACGCUCACUCGUGUUUCUAUGUUAAAGACUGUUUGGAUCUCAAAAGCCAGUGUUCUGCAGAGAAAAGGAAGAGCUGGCCGCUGUAGACCUGGGAUUUGCUUCCAUCUAUUCAGUCGUCUCAGAUUCAACAACAUGCAAGAGUUCCAGGUUCCACAGCUGCUGCGGAUGCCACUGCAGGAACUGUGUCUGCAGACCAAGCUGCUGGCUCCUUCAUCCUGUCCAGUUGCUCAGUUUUUGUCUAAAGCGCCACAGCCACCUCCCACACAUGCAAUCCAGAGUGCUGUGCAGAUGCUAAAGACAAUAGAUGCUCUGGACCAUAAUGAAGACUUGACUGACAUGGGGUUCCACCUGGCUGAUCUACCUGUGGAGCCCCACCUGGGCAAAAUGGUGCUCUGCGCCGUCGUGCUCAAGUGCCUUGACCCUAUUCUCACCAUUGCAUGUACCCUGGCCUAUCGUGACCCUUUCACCCUUCCCUCUGAAAGUUCUCAGAAAAGAGUUGCUCUGCAAAACCGCAAACGUUUCACUUCCAACACCUUCAGUGACCACAUGGCCCUGCUCAGAGCUUUCCAGGCAUGGCAGAAGGCUCGCAGUGAAGGCUGGGAGAGAUCCUUCUGUGAAAGGAACUUCCUGUCCCAAUCUACUAUGGACAUGAUUCUUGGCAUGAGGACACAGCUGUUGGGACAACUCCGCGCUAUUGGUUUUGUGCGUGCACGUGGGGGCAGCGACAUCCGUGAUGUAAAUCUGAAUUCUGAAAACUGGGCUAUUGUGAAAGCAGCCUUAGUCGCUGGCAUGUAUCCAAACUUGGUUCAUGUCAACAAGAAGACUUCGCUGCUGUCCAGUAACAGAGAAAGGAAAGUUAAUUUCCAUCCAACAUCAGUCCUGAGCCAGCUUCAGUUAAAGGAGAACAUCAGCUCAAAACCAGCUCAGACCCUUCCCACAGACUGGUUAAUCUAUGACGAGAUGAGCAGAGGUCACCGGAUGGCCAGUGUGCGCUGUUGCUCUGUGGUGACUUCCAUCACAGUGGCAUUGUUUGCAGGUGGUGCCAAACAUCUUGUCUCCGCCCUCCAUGAACCUGCUUUACAAAAGAGGAAUGAAAAUCCAUGGGAUGACAUGAGUGACAGUGACACAGAGGACCUAACGGAGAUAAAGAUCGAUGACUGGCUUGCUUUCCAGCUGGAAAGAGAGACUGCAGGACUGGUUUGUGAACUCAGACAGAAGUGGCAAGAUUUGUUCUUAAAGAGGAUGCGCUGCCCUUCCAAACCCUGGUCUCAACAGGACGAAGCUGUCAUCCAGACCUUAGUGUCUGUAUUAGGAGCUGAGGAUCAAGAAGCUGGCUUGCAGCAGCCUACAGGAAUUGGUCAGCGGCCCAGGCCUAUGGCAUCAGAGGACGGGCCCAGGUCAUCAGUAAGGAUCUCAAAGACCAGCCCCCAGCUACCCACUCACUCCACAAAUGACAAGCCACGCCGAAUGCUGAACUCUGACCUGCUGAAGCCUACCUCUCACAGCAGAGAUGGGGUCUCUCUAGCCACAAAGAAGCUCUGGGAUUGUCCCACUUCUUCUGCUAGUUCCUCCUGUUCUGUGAUUGUGGAUGGGCCCCCUGAAUCCUCAGGAAAGCCUGUGUCCCAGAAGCCUGCUCUUUCAUCAGUCCGAUACUUCAUAAUGAAGAGCAACAGCAUCAGAAACAUCGAAAUUUCUCAACAGAAAGGCAUCUGGUCUACUACACCAAGCAACGAGACCAAACUCACCCAAGCCUUUCUGGCAAAUAGCUUCAUCAUCCUCGUCUUCUCUGUCCAGGGCUCUGGACACUUUCAGGGCUAUGCUCGCAUGACAUCCAUGGUCCGCCAGGAUAGCUGUCAGGACUGGGGCUUCACGGGGCUCGGAGGAGUCUUCAGUGUGGAGUGGAUUCAUAAAGAAAGUCUUCCCUUCCCCUUCACCCAACACAUCCUCAACCCAUGGAAUGACAACAAGAGAGUUCAGGUCAGCAGGGACGGACAGGAGCUGGAGCCACAGGCUGGCAGCCAGCUGCUGUCACUGUGGGACAGGAACUUUGGGAAUCAGCUUCAUUAAGGUUGGACUCCUCAUAGACUAAAGGUCAUCCUAACUAUGCAACUGGCUGGCAACUGCCAGAUGUGCUGUCCAUGGAAGCGCUCAGGGCAUUAAUGUUGCACUUCUGCCUUGUUUUAUUGCUGUCUCAGCUGACGUGCCCUGCACCACCAGUUCAGACCUAAUGCUCUCAGUUCAAACUAUAGGUUUCACCUCUUCAGUGGCUUCCCAUUCUGUUAGAGAAAAAGCAUGUUGCUCUGUAGAUUUAACAUUGUUCUUGCUGUUGUCUUUGAAUGCAAUCGUUUGUUUCUAAUCGUUGUAAUGACCCUGUUUUUAUUUGACUGACUUCUCUGUUUUAUUUGUUCAUUAAAGAUCUUUCCUUCAUUAAAGAUGUGUUUAAAUGUU